UGCGGAACAGUGAAGUCCGCAGCUAUCACAUCCCGGCUGUGCCCACAUCUCCUGUGCUGUCCGCAGAAGAUCCCUGUACUGUGUCCGCAGUCUCUGGUCAUCCCUGUACUGUGUCCGCAGUCUCUGGUCAUCCCUGUACUGUGUCCGCAGUCUCUGGUCAUCCCUGUACUGUGUCCGCAGUCUCUGGUCAUCCCUGUACUGUGUCCGCAGUCUCUGGUCAUCCCUGUAAGUCUCUGGUCAUACCCUGUACUGUGUCCGCAGUCUCUGGUCAUCUCCUGUACUGUGUCCGCAGUCUCUGGUCAUCUCCUGUACUGUGUCCCGCAGUCUCUGGUCAUCUCCUGUACUGUGUUCCGCAGUCUCUGGUCAUCUCCUGUACUGUGUCCGCAGUCUCUGGUCAUCCCUGUACUGUGUCCGCAGUCUUUCAUCCCUGUACUGUGUCCGCAGUCUCUGGUCAUCCCUGUACUUGUCCGCAGUCUCUGGUUUACUGAUGGUAUCCCUGUAGUGGUCCUCCGC